AGUGCGCAUGCUCGGUGUAGUAGCCGGUUAUGGCGGCGGUGUGUGUUUGUCCAUGAGGUGGGGGACGCCUGCGAUCCUUACAGCCUGCGACAGAGCAAUCCGAGCGCAGCGCUGCCAUGGCUGGAGUGUUUGACAUUGAUUUGGACCAGCCGGAGGACAAUGUCUCCGACGAUGAGAUCGAGGAGGCUCAAAUCAAUGAAAUCAUGGACCAGUGCAGCGGAUUUGAGUUUAACAUGGAUGACUGUGAAAAGAUCGAGAUAUCUGAAGACAAUGUCAACCAGGGGACCGAGAACAUCAGACCGGAGUGUUUCGAGCUGCUGCGGGUGCUCGGGAAGGGCGGCUAUGGGAAGGUUUUCCAAGUUCGAAAAGUUGUCGGCGCUGCAUCCGGCAAGAUAUUUGCCAUGAAAGUCUUAAAAAAGGCUAUGAUUGUGCGCAACGCCAAGGACACGGCUCACACCAAGGCGGAGAGGAACAUCCUGGAGGAAGUGAAGCAUCCCUUCAUUGUCGAUCUUAUCUACGCCUUCCAGACCGGGGGAAAGCUGUAUCUCAUCCUGGAGUACCUCAGCGGAGGAGAGCUCUUCAUGCAGCUGGAGCGGGAGGGCAUCUUCAUGGAGGACACAGCCUGUUUUUACCUGGCAGAAAUCUCCAUGGCUCUGGGCCACCUGCACCAGAAGGGAAUCAUCUACCGAGACCUGAAGCCCGAGAACAUCAUGCUCAACAGCCAAGGCCAUGUAAAGCUGACGGACUUCGGUCUGUGUAAAGAGUCCAUUCACGACGGCACGGUGACACACACCUUCUGCGGCACCAUUGAAUACAUGGCGCCAGAGAUCCUGAUGAGAAGUGGACACAACCGGGCGGUGGACUGGUGGAGUCUGGGGGCUCUCAUGUACGACAUGCUCACCGGAGCGCCACCUUUCACCGGGGAAAACAGAAAGAAAACCAUCGACAAGAUCCUGAAGUGCAAACUCAGCCUCCCUCCCUACCUCACACAGGAAGCCAGAGAUCUCCUCAAACGGUUGCUGAAGAGAAACGCCUCCUCUCGACUGGGAGCAGGAGCAGGAGACGCCACCGAAGUGCAGGCUCAUCCCUUCUUUCGACACAUCAACUGGGAAGAUCUGCUGGCUCGGAAAGUGGAGCCUCCUUUCAAGCCUUUCCUGCAAUCAGCAGAAGACGUGAGUCAGUUUGAUUCCAAGUUCACCAGUCAGACGCCCGUCGACAGCCCGGACGACUCCACCCUCAGUGAGAGCGCCAAUCAAGCUUUCCUGGGUUUCACAUAUGUCGCUCCCUCAGUCUUGGAAAACAUCAAAGAAAAGUUCUCAUUCGAGCCGAAGAUCCGCUCACCUCGACGGAUCAUGGGCAGCCCGCGAACACCCCUCAGCCCCGUCAAGUUCUCCGGGCCGGACUGCUGGCCCCGGGGCCCCCUCGUCCCCGGCAGAGGCCCCAGCGUCCUCCAGUCUCCUCCAGACCAGGCGAUGGAGCUGUCCACCCCGGAGCAGAUGGACAUGAGCAGCAGCUCCGAGGCCUCGGCGCCGCUCCCCAUCCGCCAGCCCGCCGGGGUCAACCUGGCCCAGAUGAAGCAGCAGACCUAUCCGGUCGUGGCCAAACGGCCCGAGCAUCUACGUAUGAACCUAUGACCCCGCUGCGCCCGUUUAGGAGAGUUUCUUGGCUCAUUCUCUUUUUUUUUUUCCCUUUUCUUUUUUUUUUUUUUUUUUUUAAAGAAACAAAGCAAAAAGCUCUGGAUGCUAGAGACAAUGAGAAUCCAAAUUGCACAUCUGCACACUACAUAUACUGUUGCAGCCUGGAGUUUGUGCGUGCGCCUCCGGACGCCACCGUCUCGCCACUUUUCCUACACCCGUUAAUCUUCGUCCCACCUCCUCCUCAAACCGGACUAGUAGGGCUAGAAAAUCUUUUUGAGGAGCUCCAGCUCCGGCUCGUGCGCGGCGUGGACGCGCACGGCGGCAUGGGAGCAAUUCAGACUGCAGUCAGUCCAAACGCUGAUGUCCAAAGUGCUUUUGUGCGGUUUGAAUGAGCGUCUGCCAGAGAAAUGCUUCCAGCCGAAGAGAUCUUCACAGAAAUGCUUCCUGGCUCCGAAUAAAUAAUAUCAAUUAGGUUUGUUAUUUAAAAAGAUCAAAUAAAUUAUCAUGAGUAGCAAACAAGCAGAGGUUCUCAGAUGGAUUAAUAUAGCUUUAUGUCUUAUGGAGUUUCAGACAGGCUACGUUUCCUGUGAUGAAUCAGAAAGCCUGAAUUAAUAGGAAAUUAAAAAAAAAGAAGUCUGUGUACUGUUGUUGUGGAUGAUGUGUAAAACAGCUCAUUUUAACGUGAGAUUAAUUCUGCAGGCUACAACACUUACCGGCUGCAUCAGUGUCUAAAAAUGAAAUCAUCAAACUGAUAUCGGUGCUGCUUCCCCCCCGGAUCCCGCCGCCACCCCUCGCCUUGCCUGGUCACACAGGAAGAAACUUGACCUCGGCCGUCUUGGGGGACGUCGGGGCCCGACCCCUGACCCCAGGAGUGAAUUCAUAUCAGAGACUGUGGCACCAGUUGAUCUGGACACUGUCUGCAGCUGCAGGGUUUUAAUGCUCC